UUGAGCAUGUAAGUUGUGUACAUUAUCAAUAUGCGUGGACUACAUUGCUGGCUGUCAGUGCUGUUGCUAGCUUUAUGUUCUCAUAGCCAAGUUAAUGCCACUCACUCGUUGAAGGUGCUAGGACUGUUUCCACAUCCUGGCAUCAGCCAUUUUCACUUCUAUGAGCCGCUAAUGCAGGCACUGGCAGAAGCCGGCCAUGAAGUCAAUGUACUCAGUCAUUUUCCCAAUAAAAAUCCUCCAAUACGCUACAAGGAUUUACCGCUAACAGGGUUAAAUCAUCUGACCAACAGUGUGGACUUAGCGAUCUUUGAGAAGCGUCCCUUCUUUCAGCACUACUCUGAGUUCUUUGUGCUCAACGAGUGGGGCAAGGAAGCUUGCAACGCCACUCUACGCUCGCCAGCGCUGCAAACGAUCCUAAGGAAACCAGCCGGCUACUAUGACGUCAUCAUCAUGGAACUCUUCAAUACGGAUUGCAUGCUGGGAGUGGCAUACCAAUUGAAAGUGCCAGUCAUAGCCGUCAGCAGCUGUGCCUUGAUGCCUUGGCACUAUGAGCGAAUGGGCGCUCCAAUGAUUCCUUCGCAUAUGCCCACAUCUUUCUUGGGUUACUCACAGGACAUGCACUUGGGCAAACGGGUGUUCAAUUGGUUUACCUAUCACACCAUCAAUUGGAUGUACAAUUGGAUUUCCAUACCCGCUGCAGAUGCUUUGGUGCAAUAUAAGUUUGGUCACGACCUGCCCUCGGUGGGAGAAAUGGCCAAGAACAUUUCGCUGUUCUUUGUGAACCAGCACUACUCACUAAGUGGACCCAAGCCACUGCCACCCAAUGUGAUAGAACUGGGUGGACUGCAUAUACAGCAGGCGAAGCCUUUGAGUGCCGAACUGCAGCGACUGCUGGACAAUGCCUCCGAUGGCGUUAUACUGAUCAGCUGGGGCUCCAUGGUGCGCGCCCAUACGCUGUCCUAUGCCAAGCGCGAGGGCAUUGUACGCGCCGUGAGUCGCCUCAAGCAACAGGUCAUAUGGAAAUGGGAGAAUGAUACGCUGAACAAUAAACCAGCGAAUAUGCAUCUCAUGCCAUGGCUGCCACAGCGAGAUCUGCUCUGUCAUCCCAAUGUGAAGAUCUUUAUGACGCAUGGCGGGCUCAUGGGCAGCUCGGAGGCGGUUUAUUGUGGCGUGCCAGUGGUGGCCACGCCCCUUUAUGGCGAUCAGUUCCUUAAUGCCGCCGCCUUGGUGCAACGCGGCAUGGCCGUGCAGCUAAACUACGAGGAUAUAAGCGAGAUUACAGUGAUGCGUGCCAUCAAACGCGCCAUGGAGCUUAAAAUUGUGGAAGCUGCCAAGACAGUCUCGCACUCGUUUAACCACAGACCUAAGCAAAUUAUAGCAACUGCUCUUUGGUGGGUGGAGCAUGUGGGCUACUCCGGUCGCGAUCCUUUGCUGCAGCCUAGCUCUGUCCAAAUGUCACGCUUUGCUUACUACUCGUUGGACACCUAUUUGGUAUUGGGAUUUUUCUUCGCCAUUGCUUUAGCCAGUUGGGUGGCCUUGAUGAACAGUUGCCGUGACAAAUCCAAAUCAAAGUCCGAGCAGAAGUAAUUUAAACAUUUUAUGUAUGUAUAAUUGCUAAUUUAAAAAUGUAAUAUAUUAGUAUAAAAUAUAGUCGAUUUGGCCAUGUAGACG